ACGACGCGAAUACAUGCUCACAGGUGGUUGAUUUAAAUAUUAAUGCUUUAAUAUUUUAAUGCUCAAUACUUUUGAAAAUGCAAAACGCUGAUUAUAUUGAACGAAAUUGGUUAUUUUAUUUAGCUCAACCAACUAAAUUACUAUUGGAUAUUGAUAGACUAACAAUAUCACAUCAAUUGGAAUUACUGAAACAAUCAUUAUCACAAGCUGAAAUCAGUGAACGAAAAACAAACUUAACUAAUUCAGAGAAUAGUUUAAGUGAUAACUUAACUUUAGAAAAUGAAAUUGUGAAUUCUGAUGAUGUAUUUAUAGAAUCAUCUAAAUUAUUCAAAAAAUCUAAGGUAUUAGAUAUAAUAUCCUUACAGAUUGCUGCAAAUUUGAAAUUCAGUCUAAAUUUAUUCCGUAUAGUAUCAGAAAUGCCUGUUAAGCUUCUUGCACGUCUUUAUAGAGUUUUAAUAAUGCAUACUGCAAAGUGUUCGUCAAUUUUUCAACCUUUAUUUGAAAAGGCAGUAGACAAAGAAAACAUCUUUACAAUCAAUCCAUAUGGUUGUUAUACAUGGUCUCAGUUGAAUCCUAUGACAAUUUAUGGAAUAAUGUCUUACCAUAUAUGGUGUCUUCAUGUACGUUUUUUCAUUUGCAUGAUGUAACAUAAUUCAGGUUUCUCUUUCAUCCAGUAUGUUGCCUCAACCGUUUCGAAAUCUUACACCAGUUGUUUCUGGUUUAACUGAAGUCCCUGAAGUAACAUUUUUUGCUGAUAAUCGUGUUGAAGUUGGCGUUGUUUUAACACGUAUACAGGAGUCUGUGAAUCAGUUAAAUGAGAUCAAUAGUUUGUUGGAUAGUCUUAAUAUAGCUAGACCUUUUUCAUCAGCAUUUUCGGUAAUGGACUCAACUUUUUCAACUAUUUCCAAGUUACCAAAGUCUGAGUUUGUUCAAGAAGAUCAAAGUCCCAACUUCUUAUCAGAGUUUGUUCUUCAGUACUCAAAACCUUUGUGCAAAGGCUAUCUUUCUGCAUCACUUAACUUUGUACUAGGACGCUAUGCUUUUCAACAACAGCAGUUUAGUCGAUCACAGGAGCUUCUUCAACUUGUCUUCAACGAAAUGCAGACUCAACAGCUUCACUACCUGGAUGAAACUGGAGCUACACUGAAAUUAGUACAAGCUUAUUUAACUGCCUGUUUGUCAUAUACUCCUUCAGGAUAUAUUACAGAUGAUUUUUCAGUUUCUCAGUCUCAUAAUGAAUUUUUACAACAUUUUUGUAAAGCAUUAGAAAGAUGUUUAUCAGAACCACAUACAUGUUUGUUAAAUCCUUUUUGGACUCAGCCAUGGAGUUUAUCGUCUACUAUUGAUAUGAAAUCAGGAUCUUCUGUUAAACCACUCACAAUAGAAGCUCAUCUCUAUGAAAUCCUACUUAACAGUUUAGUUUCUGUUAGUGAUUCUUCUGACUCAUAUAUUCCAGUUGGUUUAGGGAUUCGUAACAAGUUGGAGAGCUUAUGUUUGAAAUUAUUGACUGCUCAGCAUAAUUUAUUUGUUGAAUCAACAGAUACUGCCAAUAUCAAAAGUAAUUCUUCUAAAAAUCCAAAGCAAACUGAACAACUACGCAACAGUAGAAUAUCAGAUUUUGAAGCUGUUCGUCAACUUUUCACCAAGAUACAUAUAUGUAAUUCGAUUGAACGACUAAUAUCAAAUUCUAUGGAACUUCCGUUUACUUUGACGACAGAAUUAUUACUGAAUAUUCCCCGAACAAAUUUGGAGCUGUUAACAAGAAAAGAGCAUACUGUAUCGCCGAUAAUUUAUAUUGAUACCAUAAAAGGAAGGGAAUUCUUAUUCGAUUGUUUAGCUUCCUUGUUAGAGAAGUUAUCAACCUUAGAAAAUUCUUAUUCAACUCAUAUUUUAAUAAUUUGUCAGUAUGUUACUUUUCUAGUUCAAGAAGGGAUUUGUUUAUUAGGAAGUUUAUUAAACAAACCAAUCAAACAGAAUUCCGAUCUAUUUUCAAUACAAAAGAAUUUUCAUGGUUUGUUAGAAGCACUUAUAUCCCAUAAAAUGAUGAACUUUUUGCCUAUGGAUAAUAGAAAAUACCUACAAUCUGUCUUUGAGGCAACAUGUUCUAUAAGUUCAUUUGAUAAUGAUAUGAACUGUCAACAUCUAUGUUCUCUUAUCCCUGACUCAAUUUCAGAUUUACCUAAUCCUAGUCAUAAUCCUACUAUGAAAUUAUAUUCACUGAAUGAAGAGGAUUUAUGUACUCAAGGUCUUGGCUUUUGGUUCAACUAUGAGAUAUGGUCUCCUACUGAUCAAACUUCUACUCCUUUCAGACCACGUUCACUCAGAGGAAGUUCCCCAUUUUCAACCUCAGGUGAUGUAGAUAUGCGUAAUAUGACGCAUCAAUAUCAAUUCUCAUCAUUUCUACAAAUGCCUAUCUUGCAAACUCAUUUUGUCAGUGAACAUGGAUCCUUCACCAAUUCUUCACUUCAAACCUUUUCUAAAGAAAAUUCACUUGUAUGUGAUGUCCAGGUGAUCCGUUAUCUUUUGUUAACUCGAAAUGUUACAGAUGUGAAUAUAUUGGUAGAUUAUCUUUUGAGUUCAGGUAUGUCACCGGAUGGAAUUUUGGAACUGAAUAGUUCAUGGCGUUCUUCUUUACACUAUCUAGCUUCAUUGGAAUUGGUAGGACUACAUGCUGUCCAUGAGAAUAGUGCAAAAAACCCAAUUGAAUUCUUUUUAUCAUCAUCCGGAAAUAUUAUGUGGGCGAUUACAGUACUGUUACAGUUGGCUAAAGGUUCAUCUAUCAUUCGUCAUGAAACAUCACAGCUGACUACAGCUAGAGCUAUGUUAUUAGCGUCUUUAAACAAUCUUGCUUCACUUAAUCCAAUGGUACCAUCUCCAUCUUCGUUACCGUCAGCAUCACCUGGUAAUGUUGCAUCAUCUGGUCAUAUAGUAGGCAAGAAGUCCCGUGCUGUUGAUGUCUUUCAUUGGAUUCGAGCUGCUAUUAGACAUGAAUUACUGUUGGCUGACUUGUUAGAAUUCUUGAAUCCAUCUUCGUUGAUUGACCUUGGAGGAAACAGUCAGUCGUCGAAAUUAAGUCAUCCUGGACAAGUAUCUUUGAAUGAUUUAAUCAGACGAGCUAAAAUUUGUCUUUUCUAUGCAACUGGUCUGUCAUCGAAUGCUAAUGCCUUGGAGACUAAAAUGGAGUCAUUGAACCCUAUUGGUCUGUCUGAUGAACUAGUUACUGCUGCUACUUGUUUUCUACUGAUGGCUAAAGAAUCUAAUUUCUUGUACCCUAUAUCAUUUCCAACAAAAUCAGUUUCAUUACCUCCGGGAAGAAUUUCUUUUCGUGUUGGAUGUGCUGGUUCUUUAGAUUUAAUUCGGAUUUUAUUACAUUUUUAUGAGGUAUUACAAUCAUCUAUCGAAAGUUUUAGCUUACAGUCAGAUUGUAUUCAUUCACCUUCUAUUACAAAUAUUCAAAUGAAUUCUGAUAAACAAAACUUAUCUCAUAUAAAAAUUUUUUUGGCUGCUACUAUCAAAUUUGGUGAUUUAGAUAAACUGAAAACUGUUAUAAGUGACUUUUAUGGAAUAAUUAUUCGUGGAUGGCUUAUUCCAGCUUAUAGUUCAAUGGAUAGUAUGAAUAAUAAUUCUACUGUGUCUGUAUCUGAACAUCGAAAUACACGAAAAUAUCAUACAGGUGCAUCUCGUUCAGGAAUUAGUUCACCCAGUUUAUACAAUAUAGUUGGUUUGUUGGGAAUCAUGGAUGAAGUUGCACGGUUAAUUACGAAUUCUGGAUUCAAGUUCCAUUUUGAUGCUAAAUGUAAAACUUCAGACGUUAUAGACUAUUCAUCUAUUGGAUCACAUUUACUCGAUUAUCUUAUUAUUGGUUUCGCUCAGAUAACUCAUCAGUUAUGUACAAAGUUUAGUUUACAUAUUUUGAGAAAAAUAGUUGCUUGUUUUUCUACAAAUCAUACGGAGGAACACAAAAUCACUGAUUGUGUAAUCACGGGAGAGAAUCCAACCACAAUAAUAACUAGUAGUAACAGUAACCUGACUGUUGAUUCAAAGUCUAAUGCAAAUGUUCGUACUUCUAGAUGGGAUAGACCUAAAGAUCAAUCCGCAGAUAAGAAGAAGGAUCGUAAACGUAAUCAAUCCGACAAGAUUUUGACCAGCCAAAAACCAGUGGUAUUAUCAUUUUUGGAUGAAGAAUUAUGGACUGUAGACUUAGAAUCAAAUUCUCCCAUCAAUGGUGAAGUGUUAUGUGAUCAUUUAAAGCAUUUCCUAGAUUGGAGUUUAACUAAUCAACCUGAUAGAAUAGAUUGGCUUAUAUUACGUGGUGAGAUAGAAUUCUUUGAGAAAAACUAUCGUUUAGCCUUGUCAACAUAUUUGGAGUAUGCAGGUGUUGUUAGUAAUUCAUUUUCAGAAAAUAUUAUAUCAGUAUACUUUCCAAAAGAGCUAUUAUUUCGUAUGAUGUGUUGCCUUCAAUAUCUUGGAUUGUUUUAUGAAAGUGUAAUCCUUUCACAAUUUGAAUCAUCAUCUAAUGAUGAAUGCCUUAUUGACAAUAUUAUUCAACUAAUUAGUUGUUUAGGUCAAAAUUCUAAUGGUUGGCCAGUUAUACAAGUAGACACUUUUAGUAAUGCAUUUGUAAAUCUUCAAAAUCAAGGAUUAGAAUAUUUUGAAAAUAUUUCUUUGGAUUGUUUACGUGGAUCUUGUGGUGGAACAUUUCUUCAUACUACAUUGGAUUGUCCUGAUAACUUGAUUUCUUAUCUUUGGAAUGUUCGUUUAUUAUCAGCUCUAGAGUAUUCUGCUUCAAAUCGUGGUGCAUUUUCACAGGCAGCAAAAUUUAAAGCCCGUCUCAAUAAUCCUGAAAUCAAUGUCAACAAUCCAGAUGACAUCUUAUCAGAGAAUAGAUGUACAUUAAGCUUGGAGUAUCUUCGUUAUCUGUACAAUCUUUAUUUAGUUUAAUGUUAUAUACACCUAUAUAUCUGUACAGCUUUUCUAUUUUAAUAAAGUUUUCUUUUGGAUAUAUUAUUUAAUUUUUUUUGGUGAUUAUUUUGAUAAAUUGUAUGCAAAAAUGUAAUUAUUUCAUCUUUAUAUAAUCAGUUGUGUACUGUUCUGUAUAUUCAUAAAUGAUCUAUCGGCCUGGAUUUAGUUUUACAAGCUUCUUCGAGACUAUGAGCUAUAAUUCUACUUGUUUCAGGUUGACUUUGCCUUUCAUUCUUCUUAUCUUAUUAGUUUGUGACACUAUGGAUUGCAGUGCUUCUUCAGACUCUUUGAGUAUACACCAAUCAAAUGGUAAUUGUUACUCGAGGAUUUGGUCUUCAGCAGUGCCUCGGCCAACAAUAAAAGAGUGAAGUGGUUGCGUGUGUUUUGAACACUUCAUUUACCUGGGAAGCGGAACCAGCCCUGGUGCGUUUGUCUCCGAUUGUCUAUUAAGGGUCCGGAGUACUGUACAGCACUCCACUCUGUUCUACUGUAUGGCUAUGAAACAUGGCCAUUGAAGUUGGGAGACAUGAGAAGUCUGGCUUCAGGUGUUUCACCACUUUUGCCUUCAUAGUAUAGGCCAUAUUCCAUGGUGUCACCACGUGAGUAAUGCAGAAGUCAGGUAUAGAGUCUUA